GAGAGGACGUGGAGAACGCAGUUACCACAUGUGUUUGUGUAACAUGUUAGGAAAUUCAUUCAGUGCCCUUUACUGCAAUGACAGAUCAUGGCGGGACAUCUGAAGAAGCAGUUAAAAGAUGCAGUGAAGGUCAUCAGCUCAGGUAGCCUUCUCUUUGCCUCCUACCUCACUGUGGUUGGAGAUGAGCGUUUCUAUGCCAACCAGCUGAUGCCCCUGCUGCAGAGGAUUGUGGGGCCGGAGACUGCGCAUGUAUUGGCAGUGAAGAUGAUAGGUCUGGGUCUGGUUCCUCUGAACCGCUACCAAGACCCUGCAUCAUUGGAAGUGAAUGUCCUGGGCUUAAAGUUCAAAAACCCCAUUGGCAUUGCGGCGGGCUUCGACAAGCACGGGGAGGCCGUGGACGGCUUGUACAAAGUGGGUUUUGGCUUCGUUGAAGUGGGCACAAUCACUCCCAAACCUCAGGAGGGGAACCCUAAACCACGUGUGUUUCGACUCACUACAGAUCGUGCUAUCAUUAACAGAUAUGGAUUCAACAGCUGUGGUUUGGCAGAAGCACAGCAGAGGCUGAGGGCCAGGGAAGAAACACAGCAAGCGCAAAGUAAAGUUGGCCUUCCCCUGGGCAUCAACCUGGGGAAGAACAAACUGUCCCAGGAUGCAGGGGCAGAUUACUUGGAAGGGGUGAGAGUGCUGGGCCCGCUGGCUGACUACCUGGUGGUCAACGUCAGCAGUCCUAACACGCCAGGUCUCCGGGAUCUGCAGGGGAAGUCUGAGCUCUACCAGCUCCUGUAUACGGUGUUGAAGGAGCGUGAUGCCCUGCAGGGAGAACACAAACCUCCGGUCCUGGUGAAGAUUGCUCCUGACCUCACUGCACAGGACAAACAAGACAUCGCUGAUGUUGUCACCGAGCUCGGAGUGGAUGGCGUAAUGGUGUCUAACACCACGGUGUCAAGACCAGAGACACUUCAGGAUCCACAUAAGACUGAAGUUGGUGGGCUAAGUGGUGAGCCUCUGAAAGACCUCUCUACCAGCACUGUCAGAGAGAUGUACAACCUCACCAAAGGUAAAGUACCAAUUGUUGGGAUCGGCGGUGUGGCCAGUGGGCAGGAUGCUAUGGAUAAGAUCCGUGCCGGUGCUUCAUUGGUUCAGCUCUACACUGCUCUGACCUAUCAGGGUCCACCUGUAGUGACAAAGAUAAAGCGAGAAUUGGAACAACUUCUUAAAGAUCAAGGUUUCAGCAGCGUAUCUGAGGCAGUUGGAGCAGAUCACAGGGCAGCAGACAGGUCGACUCAAAAGCAGAGCCUGCUGAAAGAGAUGAGACUAUUGGAGAUUUUAUAGGUUUGAGGAGAAGGAAGAAGCUUGAGGACUGAAAGAGCCAAUGCCUUCUGGGUCGUCGGUCACAGAACUAAUCAACCCUGAAUGGUACAAGGUAAAGCAAAGUUGGUUUCUGGGUCAUUUGUCUUCAAGAACAUGAUUUAAAACUUCCCUUCAAGGAGAGAAAAAGCAGAAUAUAAGGGCCCUUUUAAACCCUUUGAAAUAAACAUGAAUAAGAAUACAUUACAAGCCCAGUGAGUGCCUGUAUUUCACCUUUAUAUUUAACCCUAGACCGUAAUGUUUAAUUAUUUUAAGCUUUCAUUCAUUUUUUCAAACGUCUAUGUAUGCAGCAGCACACAUAAAAUUACAUGAGACAAAACAAAUGCAGUGAAAUACAAAAACACAGUCAACACUCAAGGCAGUGAAAACCUAUAGGUCAAGCUCAGAAUGAAUACAUAUAUAUAUAUAUAUAGAGAGAGAGAGUGAGACAGAGAGAGAGAGUCACAUAAACCCUUAGCAAACAUACUGUAUUUGUUGUCAGUAGGUGUAGAUCUCUACAGGCAUCAGCAGACAUAAACAUUUGAACAAAAUGUGAGAUUACCAAAACCUGUGUAUAUUUAGAAAAGGAAGCAACCCCUGGAGGGCCUAGAACAGCCUUGAAUUUUUGAAAAGGCAUUUUAUAAAGCAUGAUACAAAAAGGCUGUGGAGUUAGUGAAAGCAGAGCACAGCGUGUCACCCAUCUAACACCAUUUUUACUGUAAAGCAUGUCAAUGCCAUCGUCCUAUGGGGGAGGCUUGUAAAAAUCAACACCACAGUGAAUUGAGAAGUAUAGGGAAAUUCCUGAGAGGAAACCUGCUUUAGAAUGCCAAAGACUUAAGAUCGAUACCUUUUUAACAAGACCGUGACUGCAAACACGGAGGAGCUAUCGACACUGGAAUAACUUCAGAGCAAAGGCAUGAAAGCCCUGCAGAGGCCACUGCCAAAGCUUGACUUAAAUCACUUUGAAAACCAGUGAAAUUACCAGAAGAUAGCUGUUCACAGACAAUACCCAGCCAACUUGACUGAGCCAAACCAAAUCUGCACGGAAGGCAGAGAAAACCCCAAAGUCUGUGUGCAUCAAGGAAUACAGAUUGGUCUGCUUUGACUCAGAAUAGCGGUUUGCUGAAGAAGAUGCUUCUUGUGUGCAGCGUUGGAAUUGAAUAUUGCGUCAAGACUAAGCUGUCGGUUUUCUUCUGCUAUAUAUGGUGCAGUGCAUGUGUAUCUUAUCAGACUGUGUGCUUGCCUGUGAUUUAAACCUAUAUAUUAUAUCUUCUUGAGAGCAGGUCUUAAACCUCAAAAUAACCCCCUAACAGUUAGUCAGAUGAUGCAGGUUGUAAGAUUUGUUGCCAACACAGACCUUUAAAUUUAAAAUAUAUAUAAAAUGAGACAAUUGCAAAGCGUUCACACAGAGUAAUUUCAACCUAAUAUGACAUGUUAACAUUAAAUAACAUAAAUUCCUUUUGGUAAAAAUAACAAAUGUUUAGCAGACAUGUCAAACACAACCUUCCUGUUUUUGUAAUCUCUGACUAAUCUGUCAGUUUAUUCCACUGGUGAAAAUAGGACUGAAGAAGAUGUACUGAAAUUUUAAGUGGCAGCAUAAGGGGAUUUCUAGUAUUUGUACUGUACUGUAUAUUGAUUUAUAUGGGCACAUAUUUUGAAAGUUAAGGUGAUAUAUCAAGUUCAGAUAUUUCAGGAAAACAGUCAAGUUUGUCAGAUUUACCAAACCAUUUGUCAUAUCCAGUGGUAUAUACAUGAAUAAUAGAUGAGAUAAAGAGUAAAUUGGAUCAGAGAUGAGGUGGAAAAGCUGGUCACAGAUGACAAGGAAAGCAGCUCGCUUCUCCAAGUGUGUCAUGUCAACCUGCAGAGGUGAUUCAGUGAAAGAACUGAAAAAAAGUCACUUAUCUGUGUGAUAGAAAUCACAUUUAUGAGGCACGAACUGAAAACAAAAUUUAGUUUUUUGAAUGCCAGUGAAGUGACUGUAUUGAGAGUGCAGCAGGGCUUAGCCAUGCUUUACAUUAUAUUAUAUUUAAUUCAUUUUGCAUGCAGUCUAUCAGUAGUUUUAGACAUCCUGUGUUUCUGUGUGCUGAACGUUGUGACUGUAUAUGGAGGAAUGGCAGCAUCGACUCCCCUAGGCGAGACAUGUACAUAGAUGCAACAGCUGAUAGCACUUCUGCAGCUCCUCAUCAGGGCAGGACAAAGGAUUAACAUCAGACUCCCCAUCAUUAGUGGCACCCAAUUUUCCACAGCAUCUAUACUGUGAUAUUAAAAUAAAUUUUAAAAUGGCAUGUGGGAUUAUAACUGAGGCGUGCCGUCAUUGAGACGUUCUAGUUGUGAAUGAAGGCAGACCCUCAUCGAAUUAUGUCAGAUUCUUAAAAACAGGUGAGACAUAUCAAUGGACAGUAAGACGGAUGCCAAGCAGACGUGGUUAUGUAAGUUGAAGAGCUGCAGGUGCUGUCUGAGGUGUUUGUUUGCCAUAAGGAGGAGGAGGAGGAAUGACAGCUGUGAGCCUGUCAGGUCAGGUCAACCAAGUAGGCAGAAAUGUUCUUCCUGAAAUCCGGAUGGUGAUGUAAUAUUACUUGGAUGUUUGUAUCAAGUUAUUUUUAACAACAAAUUAUCAUAGUAAGGUCAAAUUAGUGGAAGAUCUGUAUAUACAUACAAGUAACAGUUUUGUUAAAUUAGAUGGACUAUUUUGCUCAAAUGUAUGUAUGCAGUAUUAUCUCAAGUAUUAACAUUUUUUUUACAGUAGCCAACAUGUGUGUGCAAACAAUCCACUAUUUUUUUUUUAUAACAAAACUCAGUCUCCAGUUGCCACAAUAGAUGGAAAAGCAAACAGUAUUUAUUCUAUUUCUUAAAUGUCGUCAGCAUUGGUAGUUUUUACAUCUGUCCAUGGCCUUGGAGUCAACACAUUUACUCAUCAUAUUACCGUAGAAAAUUAUUAUUUUAUAUACCAAUGUCAUGUCAUCAUGGCAAAGCUUCAGAAUUGCAUCUCUUUUAGCAAUAGCCUUGCAUAUAUAUAAAUGAUAUAAAUAUCUCAUGCUCAGUUUAUUGUGUUGGACUACAUAUUUUUUGUGGAGACUGACCUUGUUUAACAAGGCCGUUUUAGCCCGUGUGGUUUGCGGAUUUGUGUCAAAGACGAGAAUGUUUUUCACUGCACUGACCAAGACACAUCGGUACAUAUACCGUCCACUCCCUCCCUCCACUCCACA